AUGAAGUUUACCACAGCCCUUGCGGUGCUCAGCACCCUGGCCGCACCUAUCACUGCACUGCCUCAUGUAAAAGGGGCCUCUGGUGAUUACAAAAUUCCCGAGCGCUGCUACCCAGACCCUUGCAAAGGAAUCACCUCAACAAACACUACUUACGUUUGUGGAGACUACCGCCUUGGACCCGUCACAACGCCAAAGAAAUUCCCUCUCCAUAACGAGCUACGAACCUACGAGCGAUUCGGCAACUUAUGCCCAGUGCAAUUCUUGGAAAAAUGGGCUGGGUCCACAAACUCAUCCGAUUCAUAUGAAUAUCCUCCCAAGAAUGGCUUUGUUGUCACCCAUGCCGGUGCUGCCAUCCUAGGCAACACCACUCUUCCUGUUGGACAGAAGCUCGAUCGCUUUGGCUCCGAGUACGGAUCUUUCUUGGCUCCUUUGGGCGCGCCCUACAUAGAGCGUUCACUGCCUCCUAGCAACCUUAACACAUUUGAUGGUGAUUACCCGUACAACUACUAUGUGUACCAGGUGACGAAGAGUUUUGAGGUGGGACUGGGACCUAUUGCUCCGUGGUUUGAGCAGCCGGGGAUGGGUACGCAGUUACUGUCGUACAAGAGUGUUAAGGAGUUGUUGGCUGGUGGUUAUCUGCGCAGAUUGUCGCCCGAGGAGUAUGAUGACAAGUCUGAAUAUUCUAAUAAUUACACAACAGGACCUUCUGCAUCGGCAUAA